AUCACUCACCAACUCCACUUCAAUCAUCUUCCUUCUGAGUUUAACCCUUCUAAGCAAAUACUUACCGGAGAAGAGAAGAAGGGAGGGGACGCUCGAGCACAUGGCCGACCUCCGUGCCUUGUUGGUCGUCCUGACGAUGAUCAGCUCAGCGUCGGGGCGGUUCGUGGUGGAGAAGAACGGCGUCAGAGUGAUACGGCCGGAGCACAUCAGGGGGCGGCACGAGGGCGCCAUCGCCAACUUCGGCGUGCCGCACUAUGGCGGCACGAUGGUCGGCGCGGUGAUGUACCCCGAGAAGAACUCCACGGCCUGCGACGCCUUCGGAGGCACCCCCUUCAAGUCCAGGACCAGGCGCCCUGUCAUCCUUCUCGUUGACCGAGGAGAUUGUUACUUCGCUUUGAAGGCAUGGAAUGCCCAGCGAGCCGGUGCAGCUGCGGUUCUAGUGGCUGACAACGUCGACGAGCCCUUGCUGACCAUGGAAGACCCAGAGGAUGCUCAUGCCUCGGAAUACAUCGAGAAGAUCAAUGUUCCCUCCCUCCUCAUAAACCGUGAGUUCGGGGAGACCCUCAAAAUGGCGCUGACCGAGGGGACUGACCGGGUUAUCGUAAAGUUGGACUGGAGGGAGUCGAUGCCUCACCCCGACGAAAGGGUCGAAUACGAGUUCUGGACUAACAGCAAUGACGAGUGCGGCCCUCGCUGCGACGAACAGAUGAGCUUCGUCAAGAACUUCAAGGGCCAUGCGCAACUGCUCGAGAAGGGAGGGUUCGCUCAGUUCACUCCCCGCUACAUCACCUGGCGCUGCCCUGAGGCCUUCAAGCUCAGCAAACGAUGUAAGUCUCAGUGCAUCAACAGAGGCAGAUACUGCGCACCUGAUCCUGAGCACGACUUCAGUGAGGGGUAUGAGGGCAAGGACGUAGUGAUUGAGAACUUAAGGCAGCUCUGUGUUCAUAGAAUCGGGAAUGCAACAGGUCGGCCCUGGGUCUGGUGGGAUUUUGUCACUGAUUACCACGCCAGAUGCUCGAUGAAAAACAAGAGGUAUAGCAGAGAUUGUGCAGAAGAGGUCGUCAAAUCCCUUGGUUUGCCUCUGGACAAGAUUGACAAAUGCAUGGGGGAUCCAGAAGCAGGUGUCAGUAAUGACGUACUAAAGAUAGAGCAGGAACUCCAGCUUGGGCAUGGUUCUCGUGGAGAUAUCACUAUUCUACCCACCUUAGUCAUAAAUAACGUUCAAUAUCGAGGAAAAUUAGAGAGGAGUGCUGUGCUGAAGGCUAUAUGUGCAGGAUUCAAGGAGUCUACUGAACCUCCUGUGUGCUUGAGUGGAGAUAUUGAAACAAAUGAGUGCCUUAAAUCAAAUGGUGGUUGUUGGCAGCACCCAAAAUUAAAUAUCACAGCCUGCAAGGAUACCUUCAGAGGUAGACUCUGUGUAUGCCCUAUAGUGAAUAAUGUCCCAUAUCAAGGAGAUGGGUACGCAUCCUGUGAAGCGGUUGGACCAAGAAGAUGUACCAUGGGAAAUGGAGGCUGCUGGACAGAGACUCGAGAACAAACUUAUUCUGCUUGCUUGGAUUCAGAGUUGACUGGUUGCCGCUGUCCUAAAGGAUUCCAGGGAGAUGGCUAUAAAUGUGAAGAUAUUGAUGAAUGUAAAGAGAAGCUUGCUUGCAAUUGUCCUGAGUGUCAUUGUAAGAAUAAAUGGGGUGGAUAUGACUGCAAUUGCAAGGGUGACUUGUUGUACAUAAAGGAGGAGGACGCAUGCAUAGGCCAGGGUGAGCAGUUUAAAGUUGCAAAAAGAGACGAGGAAAAAGAGUAAGAGCGGUCAGACGGAAUUGGAGUAGUUGGAGAUGAGGUGAGUGGACUCCAUAGUCCCAAACAAGUCAGAGUAGAUGGGAAGAGGGUGAGGGUAUUUUCAUCUAUUUAGUGGAGGCGUCUUGUUCCAGAAAAAACAACUUGGGAGCUCUCUUUAGCAACUACUGAUUAGAUAAGAUCCCUACUAGGGUAAUUGCUCUUAUACUUUUCAUCUUUCUCAUAUUGUUUUAGAUUUCACUUUAUGGAGAAUCACCUAUCUACUUGGUAUCUAUAAUAAACUUUCUUCUUU